AUGGUCAACAAUGUAACAACAAUCGCCUCAAACUUCAGCGCCGUCCGCUUCACCACCGCCGAGCGCGACAUCCUCCUCAAACUACUAAUCUUCUCCUCCCGCACAACAGCCUGGCUUCUCGGCCGAAACCACGCGCCGAUAGCCUCAGUCCAGCGGUGGCAGCUCCUGAUGAAACAACUAGCACUAACGGCAAAGAUUCUCCGGACCGGCAGAUUCAUCCAGCAGUUCAAUUGCGCCGCCACUGGUGCACUGACGCGGAAGCACCAGGACUAUUUCCUAGCAUACGUCACCGUCAUUCGACAGCUGCUGAUAGCGGUAUACCUGACAUUUGAUAACGCGACUAUCGCCAAUAGCAUCGGCUUUAUCCCCUGGAAAGGUGCAAGACGGUUGGAGAUCAGGGCGUUUCGGAUAUGGUUUGCCGCUGGCGUCUGCGGGAUCAUCACGCAGAUAUACUCCCUGUACCAAUUGAACCUCCCCAAUCAAGUCCCAGAGAAGCAAUUGAUCUUGUGA